AUGAAACGUUUCAUCAAUUUGAAUUUUGGUGCGUUCCUGUGUUUGAACAAGCUGGUAGCAGGUUAUGUGAAAUUCGACUUCGAAAAGUCUAGGGGCUCUAGCUAUGAAGAGGCUCAAUUCGGUGUGAGACCAUCGCUGGAAAAGUUCGUCAAUGGAGAAGGUUCGCUGGAAAUUGCCCUUAACAAUGAGCAAGUUUUCUAUUCUGUUGCGUUAGCAAUCGGAACGCCAGCGCAAGAGGUUACUGUGUUGUUUGAUACAGGUUCUUCCGAUUUAUGGGUAUCCGCGUCGACGAAUCCGUAUUGUUCGAGCGAUCCCAGCGGCGAGCCCGAGGGCGAUGAGCUGGUCAGUACGAGCGCCUCAUACGUUCCGCCAGUGACCACUGUUGAAGGAAUUCCAAUAUCGCCGACUAUGGAUUGUUCUCUCUACGGUGUUUUUGAUCCUUCGAAAUCAUCAACAUUCAAGGCGAAUAAGUCUGAUCCUUUUUAUAUCCAAUACGGCGAUUUGUCAUACGCUGAAGGUUAUUGGGGGUUUGAUCAAUUGACUCUAGAAGGAACGGACAUUUCUAAUUUGGAGUUUGCUGUUGCAACUGUCACCAACUCAUCCGUUGGUGUCCUGGGUGUGGGGCUAGAGAACCUUGAGUCCACCUUCGGAUACACUAAUGCAUCCAAUACAACAUACCCAAAUUUCCCAGUAGUACUGAAGGAAAAUGGUGCAAUUCAAAAAAUUGCAUAUUCACUCUACUUGAACCAAUUGGAUGCGGAGAGUGGUUCCAUAUUGUUUGGUGGGGUGGAUCACAGUAAAUACCAGGGUGGUCUUUAUACAUACCCCCUGGCUAAUAUAUUUACAGAUGAAGACGAGCCCAUCGAGUUCGAUGUAACUGUUCAAGCGAUUGGCAUGCAAACAAAGUCCGCGUGCCGGCAGGAUACAUUAGGUACAGCCAAAUUCACUGGUCUGUUGGAUUCUGGUACUACUUUGCUAUACAUCCAUGAGAAGUUAGCUGAUAAAAUUGCGGAUUAUGUUAAUGGUACCUGGUCAGACUAUUACGGUCUCUACAUGUUUGAUUGUCCUACAGAAGACGAUGACACUGAAAUAGUUUAUGACUUUGGUGGGCUUCAAGUCACUACACCGAUCCAGAACUACGUUCUAGCGACCGAAGACCCUACAGUAUGCGGAUUAGGAAUUGUUCCAAGUGGCUUCUAUUCAAUUCUUGGCGAUGUUUUCUUAUCGUCUGCUUAUGUCGUGUACGACCUUGAGAACCUAGAAGUCUCUAUUGCCCAGGCAAAAUAUGAUGAUGCGGUCGAGGAUAUAGAAGAGAUCAUAUCUACUGUUCCUGGCGCCCAAAAGGGAGCUGGAUACAGUAACACGUAUACCGGAAGAGCUAAAGAUAUUGCCACAGUAACCAGUAACAUGUUCACUACAACUCUAGUCUGUAAUAUUUCCACUACCCCUUCAUCCACUUCAUUAUCUUCUACCACUAGUUCAAAUAGCUUGUCUUCGUUUGCUUCAAAGAUGUCUACAAGAUCGGCAGAAACUGCUAGCGUAACAUCUUCUCCAAAGUCUCAUAUUGAAUCCUUAAGCACUGUGUUUUUACCUUCUGGCACCGCUUUCAAUCUCAGCACAACUUCUGCCGCCCCAAGUGUACUUUCAAACUUCAAUUCUACUAAUCCACAGACUUCGACUUUAUCGCCUUCAACUAAUGUUGCAGGCUCGACUACAUCGACUGAUGUCACAUACGAAAAGACUCCUACGGCAGCCACCUCUUCUGAUACCCUAGUUACUGCCACGAACUUUUCAUUAAAACCAACUGGAAAAACCACCGCGCUAACAACUGUUCUUGAGGGCGAAUCUCUCACCGUGACAACUUGUGAUGAGAGCACUGUACUCUCUAUGCAAUCUUCUUCGUAUCCUACAUUGAAGAUAACGACUUCUACAACUAUCAUUAACGGAGAAACUUUUCUGAUUACGACAUGUCCACAAUGUACGGCAUCAGUGGAUGAAUCAUCAAUCACAGUCCCAGUUUCAUCGAACGGUUUUGAAUUAACCUCAACUUUUGACGAACAACUAGCUCAAACCUCAUCAUUAGCCUUUUCUACUUCUGUCUCAAUUUUAGAAACAGGAUCCGGUGCUGUCAUUGCAGAAAUUCCCAAAUUUGAAAUGCUAACCACGCUAAUGGGUGUAGUGUCUGUGGUUGUCCUCUUUGUCGUGUCGUAG